GUACUAUUUCAUCAGUUUUACUUACUCAACCAUUAUCACUGCUCCACCCCAGUUUUACCCAAUCAAAUAUACGUGUCGUCUUCUACAAAAACAUCGAGAAGAGCUCCACCGUUAUCGAGUUGGCAUACCACCCAAGUACACACGCUUUCCACCACCGCUUCUUCCAUCGAUUUUCAGAAAUAACACCUUUCUCCAGCUUACUAAAAUAGAGAGCAAUGGAGGUUCUCUCAUCGACUGACUCAACCACUUCAACCGAUUAUCCAUCAUUUUCCAUUUUGGUUGCGUUUUUAGAAGAGUCAAGUGUUUUUGGGGGGUUUUGGAUUCAUGGGUUUACAGACAUAGAAGAAGAAGCUUAUGAGGCAACUAUUAAAAAAGAAUCAAGGAAGAAACGCAUGAACUGUGAGCAAAAGAAGCAGUUCAUGGAGCUGCUACUGUUGCUGAAGCUGAAGGUGGAAACAAAAUUGAAGCGUAUCAGGAACAAAGACUCAAAGUUGGUUUUUACAUUAAAACAGUUUGACACCAAACAUUGUACAUUAUUAACCGGAACCCCUCUCCAGGUUUGUAUUAAUGCAACCCCUUACCAUAAGCUAUGUGUAAUAUUAUAUAAGGAAAACCUCCCAUCUUCUAAAGGGUGUUGGAGAUGGAGAGUUAAUAAGGCUCUUCAGCAUAGACCUCAAUCCCCCAAUCUACAAACUACAAGUAUCCCAUUAAUUGACCAAAUAACAUGGAUAGGUUGA